GAUACAAAAUCCAAAAACCAAAUUCCCGAUCUCGACCGCCUCCUCGAUUCCUUCUCUCGCUCGUUCUUCGUCUCCAAUGGACGCCAACACUUUCGAUCCUGAUCUGAUUCACGCCAUUUUCAAGCUCGUCUGGAACCGCAGAGCUCUCCAGCGCGGGAAAAACGAAGGCGCGGAGGCUUUGGAAGGAGAGCCAGGAGCUGGAACGUCCAAGAAAAGUCGUCCUACCUUUGCUAAUGCAAAUGCUUUGAAACUGAGCUCUGAACUUCUUAGAGUCUUUGUCACAGAGGCUGUUGAACGUGCUGCUACGAUUGCGGAAGCGGAGGGUGCUAGCACAAUAGAAGCAACUCAUCUGGAAAGGGUUCUUCCACAGUUACUUUUAGAUUUUUAAGCUUGACACAGGCUUUGCAUGGGGCGAAAUGGAGCCUCUAAGUUUUGCCACUUCAAAACUAGAAGUUCCCUCUGGCAUCUUUGAGUAAUCCGUAAAUCUAUAGAAGAGCAAAUGAUAAUUUAAAAAGAUCUUCGGAUUGUUUGUCAGUAUGCUUGAUGGAACGACAGCCUAGACCCUGGAGCUUGUUCCAGCUCUUUGUAUGUGUUACUUCUCCUUUUCUCUAAUGUAGAGCUCUCUUAACCAUCAAGUUAUCAGCUUAGCUAAAUGAAUGAUUCUUGCACAAAUUAACUUCUUUUUCGUCAUUGUGUUUAAUGCGCUGUUCUAACUCUGGAAAGGAUUUCUUCGUUCGUUC